GGCAAUUAUUGCUCGGGGGUAUGUACAGUUCUCAAUUCAAAUCGAACCUUCCGGAAGCAAGGUCCCAGAGAAGAACCCUAAUUUAUAUACAGAGAACAAUGCGUUCCCAUUAUCGCCAUUUACGAUCUUCCAUGUAUUCGAAGCUUGAAUAUUGAAACGUAAGAGCCAAUUGGGUGCCCGUUUUUGAUAUAUUGUUCUCUGCUGUGAAUUUGGAAUCCAUUGAUCGACACGAAUAUUUAAUCCUUUUAUUAUUCGAUCGAUCAAUAAUCCUCCGGAAUAGUCAUGGACGGAGGUGCAGCUGCAGCCGCCGCCGCCGCUGAGGGGACGCCUAAGGAUCAGGCGGCGGCGUCAUAUACCUAUUGGGUUAGGGAAAGGACAUCAGAUGCUGCCCCUCCGCCGGUUCCCCGGAAGCUCAACCCUGAGGACCAAACUAACAAUCAAACCACUGCCCACCUUGGCUCGGCAUGGAACUCGGCUGGUACUUGGGAGGAAAAAAGUCUAGAUAAAUGGGCUAAAACUAGGAUUAAGGAGUUGCUUGUGUCUGUUGGAUCUUUGGAGUUGUCCGGCGGCAAAGCUGAAAUAACAGAAGUAACAAUAAGUAGUGGAGACGCAUUCUUGGUGACUGUACGGAAUAAAAAGCGUGUUGGCUACACAUAUGAGCUAACACUUGGUGUGAAAGGUGAGUGGCUCGUUGGAGCUGAGACGAAGGUGGUCAAGGGUCAUAUAGAUAUACAGGAGUUUUCAUUUGGUGAGCUGGAUGGCUUGCAGAUUAAGGCAAGACUCAGUGACAACAAGGAUCUUGAACAAAAAGACAAGCAUCGGAUUACUCAAGAUUUUCAACUCUUUCUACAACCCCUCCGCGAGAAGUUACUUCAGUUUGAGGAGGAACUCAAGCUGAAAAACUAGCAAAGGAAUCAAAAUAGUCAUCUCCCUUCUCCAAUUUCUUAAAACACUUUGCGUAUUCUGUACUGGCAAUUUUUUUUCCUAAAAAAAGACACUCCUUUUGAAUCCUUAUUUAGUACGGAGUACUUCUUGAGUUGACUUGUUGUAUUCCCUCAAGGGGCAGUUCAGUCAUUGACAUUAAACAAUGUCUUGAAAUUGGAUGUUUGUGAAGUUUGUAUCCUGUCAGAAAUACCUCAUUGUUAUUAUUAUUAUUGACAUUACAAUUUGCAAAGAAUUGCCUGUUUGUUACUUAAAACUAACAAGUGAGUUUGGAAAAGUAUACAUUUUAAUGUAACAAUUAAGAUCUACCCCGUAA